AACAUAUUUUCUCUGACACACGUCUGCAGGAACUCAAAGGCCGCAAACUCAGAUAGUCAGUCAUCAUGUCAGACAGAGGUGCAUUUGAUACCAAUGUGGUGACCCUCACCAGGUUUGUUUUGGAAGAGGGCAGAAAAGCCAAAGGGACAGGAGAACUUACAACCCUUCUGAACUCCAUGUGCACAGCCAUCAAAGCAAUUUCUACUGCUGUCAGAAAAGCUGGUAUUGCCCAUUUAUAUGGAAUUGCCGGGAGCACAAAUGUAACAGGAGACCAGGUUAAAAAGUUGGAUAUUCUGUCCAAUGAUCUGGUUGUUAACAUGAUCAAGUCCUCUUUCACAUCAUGUGUUUUGGUGUCUGAGGAAGAUGAAAAAGCCAUUAUUAUAGAAUCAGAAAGAAGGGGCAAAUACGUGGUUUGCUUUGACCCUCUGGAUGGUUCCUCAAACAUUGAUUGCUUAGCUUCUAUUGGGACAAUUUUUGCAAUCUACAAGAAGGACACUGAUGAUGAGCCCUCAGAGAAAGAUGCCCUACGGAGUGGAAGAAACCUUGUGGCCGCUGGUUAUGCCCUCUAUGGCAGUGCCACUAUGCUCGUUCUUUCCACAGGUCAAGGAGUCAACUGCUUUAUGCUUGAUCCUGCUAUCGGUGAAUUCAUACUUGUUGACCGGGAUGUGAAGAUUAAGAAGAAGGGAAAGAUCUAUAGUCUCAAUGAAGGCUACGCACAGUAUUUCUAUCCUGAUGUCACAGAAUAUAUCCAAAAGAAGAAAUUCCCAGAGGAUGGCAGUUCACCCUAUGGAGCGCGCUAUGUAGGUUCCAUGGUUGCUGAUGUGCACAGGACACUUGUUUAUGGUGGAAUUUUCCUGUACCCUGCUAAUGUCAAGAGCCCCAAGGGCAAGCUACGGCUGUUGUAUGAGUGCAACCCAAUGGCCUUCAUCAUGGAGCAGGCUGGAGGUAUGGCAACAACGGGAGCCAUGAAUGUUCUGGACAUCAAACCUGACACAAUUCACCAGAGGGCUCCCGUGGUGAUGGGCUCUCCUGAUGAUGUGCAGGAAUAUAUCUCCAUCUUUAAGAAACAUGCCAAAUAAGAUGCAACAAGAUGACCAUCUUUUGCCAUCUUCUACAGCUAUUAUCACCUCACCAUGUGAAACUAAUGACAAGACAUUGGUUACAAGUUUAUAGUUUCAUUUUCAUGAAUGUUUGUGCUGGGUUUAUUUUGUACUUUUAUAUCCCCAGUUAUGUGAUUUGUAAUGUUAUGAUAAGUAAAUAUUUCAAUGUUAUAUAUUUUACAGUGACUAAUAUUUUCAGUUUGCUUUAAAAAUAAAGUUGCAUUGCUUCAUUAUG